AUGGGGGCAGGAGGCGUCGCGCGCGGCGGGGCGAAGAGUUCGGCCCGCGAGCAGGCCGCCGUGGCUGCGGAGGCGCCUCCCCCCGUCUUCUCCUCUCUCUUCUCGCUUCCUCCUCUUCUUCCGCCGCUCGCCGCGCUCCCGUCUCCCGCGCCGAAGAGGCUUCCAAGCCGCGCGUGCUUUCCGUUCAACGGCGUGGAGACGCUUGACGCCUCGCACCGGGCAAAGACCGCGUCGUCUUCGUCUUCCCGCGCCGCUUCCUCCGCUGCCUCGGCCUCGUCUUCUCCACACGCGCUGUCCUCUAUUCUGCUGGUGUCAUCUUCUGCCUCGCUUUCUGCUCUCCGCGCGGCCUUCUCUGCGUCUCUCAGUGCACAGUCCUCCCCAGCUGCUGCGCCGCUCGUGUACGUACACCCUGUCUCCGGCACCGUUCACCCGUUUUCCGCCGAGUCUGCGCCGCCCUCUUCUCCCUCCCACCUCGUUCUUGGGCUUCCCUGCUCCUCCGCGUACGCCGCUGCGCUGCCUGCCGCGCAGGGCGACGACGCGGAGGCCGCUUUCACGCGCCCCGGCGGCGGAAAGGAAGCCGACGCGUUCUACGCCGCCGUCUGCGCCCUCGUGGUGCAGCAGCUCAAAAACUCUAGAAGCAUACACACCGUCGUCAUUCGUGGGGAUGGGACGUGGAUGGAGAGACUUAAAGAUGUGCUGCGCGGCCAUCCGUCUGUCUCUGCGAUAUCUCUCGAGGCCGUCACGAACCUGUCGGAGAAGGAGUUGACCGAAGGAUACGCGCGCCUUUUGUCAAGCUUGUCCAGAUGCGCGGCGAUUUCCGUGCGGGGCUGCGGCCUGAAGGCGAAAGGCCUCAAGGCGCUUCUCCAGGGGCUCAGCAAGCACGGGAACCUCGACCUGCAGGAAAUUGAUUUAUCGCACAACGAACUGGACGACGAGGCCGCGUCUCACCUCGUCUCCUUCUUGCCCUCGUGUGCGCCGACGCGGCUGCGGACGCUGCGCGUCGGUCACAAUCCUUGGUCUUUAUCUGCCCUCGACUCCUUCCUCUCUUCGUUUGCUCCGUGCGCUUCGCCGCCCGCCGCGGCCGCGAACUCUGCCUGGGGGGCUGAGGAAGGCUUGGCGCUGCUGUCUCUGAGCGGCUUGGGUGACGCGGCUCUCUCUGUGGGCUCCGCGCUGUUUUCGCAUCUGCCGCCCUCGCUGCGGCUGCUUUCGCUCACUGCUGCGUCGUUUGUCUCUUCGCGGCUCCUUCGCCGCACGCUGCUUUCCGCAGCCGCGCCCUCGCACGCGCACGCGACGCUGCAUGCGCUCACGCACCUCGAUUUGUCGGGCUUGCCGUCGCUGCUAACUGACGCGGACGUCGUCUUGCUCGCCGAGACGCUCUUCCCGCUGGAGCCAACGAAGCUCGCGGGCUCCGCGCCGGGCGCGGAAGGCGGCCGAGCGCGGGGGGAUGAUCGAGGCAAGACGUGGACGUCAGCGAGCAAGCGGGCGGCGGCGCACGCGGCGUCUGCGUCGGGAAAAGGAAAAGGCGCUCCUCAGGCUGCGCUCGCGCUCGCCUCCCCCUCCCUUGUGUCGCUCUCGCUCGCAGGAAACAACUUGAGCGGCGCCUGUCUGCCGGCGCUCACCGCCGGCCUCCUGGCGCCCUCUUGCCGCCUGGAGCACUUGGACCUGUCCGCGAACAUUUUCGGAAAAAGGGAGAAAAGACACGGUGCGGGCGGCGACGCUGCGGGAUCCGCGCCCGGCGCCGAGAAGAAAAAGGAGGAGGAAAAGGAGAAAAAACGCACGCACCGCGGGCGGGGGGCUGGAGGACGCGCCAGAGCCGAGGAAAGCCGCGGCGGAGGCGCAGGCGCAGAGGCCAACGCAGGGGGUGACGAUCCCACAGAAGGCCUUCCAAUUGAACCUCUGGUUGAUGCGCUUCAGAGAAGCUACGAGGAGCCGAGCCGGGCGCCUUGCGGGCUGCGAUAUCUGUCUCUGGCGCGCUGUUGUCUCUCGCUGGAGGCCCUGCAGCAGCUCGCUGCUGCGCUGUUGACGAAUGAGGGCAAGCUGCUCUUCCUCGACCUGCGGGGGAACCUGGGCGCCCGCGAGGAGGAGGGCGAGGCCGACGGCAUGGGGCCUGGGGGCGGGCGGCGCGGGAGCGCGAAGAAGAAGCGCGCCGCGAAGGAGAAGAAGGCGGAAGACGAGGAGAUGCAGCUGGCGAAGUGCGCGUUCGAGGCCGUCGUGGAGGCCUCGGGUUUGCAGCUCCUCCUCUUGGAGGACACGCCGGAAGUGAGAGACGCCCAACCUAACGAGGAAACGAAGUUGGCGGUGGGCGAAGAUGAAGAGGGGGAGCGGAGGCGAGACAAGAAGGACACGGCCGAGGACGCGGAGAAGAAAACCAAGAAAGGAAGCAAGGAGCCUUCUGGAGACACGCGCAAGAGAACGGGACGAAGAAAGGCCGCGAAGGAAGACGGAGAGGAGAAGGACUCGAGGGAAGAAGAAGAGAAGGGAGAGGAGGAGAAGGAAGCGGAACAGGAGAAGACAGAAGAAGAAGAGAAGAAGGAUGAACAAGAGGAUGAGGAAGAAGAGGCAGACUCGCCAUGCAAGUCGAGAGCCGGGCGAAGCGGCCGAGGAGAGGCCAGGAAGCCGUUGAGGUCAAAGGCCGGAAGCACCUUGCGGAAGGAAACGAAGGCCGCUGAAGAAGAAAAAACUCCGAAGAAAGGUGGAGCUGUGCGCACGCAAGAAAGGGGAGGGCGAGGCAGGUCAGCGGCUGCGCCUGCGAGGAGACCCCCGAAGGAAGAAGAGGAAGAGAGCGAAGAAGACGACGAUGAAGACGACGAGAGCUUCGAUGAACUGGACGCAAUGGAAGCGGAACGCAGGGCCGACGAGGAAAGCAGCGAUGGCGAUGAGGACGAGGAAGAAGAACAGGACAGCGACGAUGAAGAUUUCGAAGAGGAAGACGAAAAAGAGGACGAGGAAGACGAACAAGAAGACAAGGACGAAGAUGGAGAGGAGGACGACGGAGCGGAGGAAAGUGAAGACAAAGAAGAAGAGGAAGAGAAGGAGACAGAGGAGACAAGGCGGGCGACUUCGCGGAGGAAGCGAGGGGCUCUGGCAGGCAGCCGGGUCGCGGAAAAGGAGAAAGAAGAGAAGGAAAGCCGACGCAACGCGAAGGGCCGCAAAGGAGAACAGGAUGAGAAGGAAACGCCGCGGAAAGCGCCCAGGCAGCGCAGAGGCUCCGGCGCAACCGCGGCUGCUUCAGUUGCCCGGCGCAGAGCGGACAGCAAAGCGGAGGAGGCGAAGGAGAGAAGCGAAGACGAAGACACUGAGGCGGAAGAGAGCGAAGAGCAAGAGGAGGCGGAGGCUGAGGAGAGUGAACAGCAAGAGCUGGAGGCUGAAGAGACCCGCGAACAGGAGGCAGCACAGAGUGAAGAGGAGGGAGAAGCCGAGGAGAGCGACGAAGAAGAAGUGGAAGAAGAGGAGGAAGCGGAAGAGAGCGACGGUGACUUCGAGGACGAAGAAGAUGAAGAAUACAAAGACGCAGACGACGACGAAGAGUAUGAAGAGGAGGUCACCCCGCCGAGGGGCGCAGGGAGGAAGCGGCGUGGCGCGCCGCAGAAGCGCGAGAGCCUGGCUUUCAACACGGGGACGCGGAAGCGAAGGAAAACUGCCAAAGAAGAAGAGAAAGCAGAGGAGAAAGAGAACGAGGAAGCCGACAAUUCUCCGCGCGACGGAAGGGGGCGGGCGAAAGCUGCGGCUGGAGGCCCGGCGUCUUCGAAAGCUUCAAAAGAGAGCAAAACGAAGGCUGAACUCGACGAAGAAGAGCUGCGCAGUCCCCUCCUUCGUGCAGAAGAAAGAGCGGAGCCACGCGACGAAGCCGGCGUUCCCGAGGACGCCGCAGCCGGUCUUUCUCCUCGCCUGCAGUCGUCGUCCGCGCCUGCGGCGCACCCGCGAGGGCGUCCUGCGAGGGCGCGGAGGCAUCGCGAAGAGAAGGACGUGCAGGAGGAAAGGGCCGCGGCGGAGGCGGACGCGCAACCGGAAGAGACUGGUGAGCAAGACGCUCAGGGAGAGAAAGACAAGGGACAGAGGGAAGAAUUUCCGCUUGCGCCAGAGGCAGACGGCCAUCCCGCGUCGGCUGCGGCUCCUUUGGCGCGCCCCUACUCGUACUUCGUCGCAGAGUCAGGACGAAUCGGCUCCAGGGGCGCGCGGCCGAGAAGAUCUUGCUCCGUCGCCGCGUUUCCUUCUCGCGCCGCGCCGGGUGCCUUGGAGGGAGCCUGCGCAGGUGCCGCGUCUGGUGCAGUUCCUGAGGCGAGAAAAGAGCGGCGGGAAGGAGGGGCGCGGAGAAGACGCUCGGCGUCCUUCCUGUCUUCUUCGUCGCCCUCGAUUUCUGUCAGCAGCCCUCUGGAGCCGGCCCCAGCUCCGCCGCCGGUCGCCGCGGUCGGGCUCUGCGCCGGGGGGCCUGGAGCCCAUCUCCGCCCCCGACGAAGAGACAGUCGGCACGGACCGACGGAGAACAAGGCGAAGCCUGGCGGCGGCGCCUUCGCCCUCGCGGGCGGCGCGCGGGCGUCUUCGGUCGGGCCUGCUGCGGCGGCGGCGGUCGACUCGCCGUUUCUCAUGUACUUCGACAUGAAGCGAGAGUACCCUCCCGCCUCCUUCCCGCCAGAAGGCCCUCGCGGAGGCGACGACGCGCGUGCGCGGAGGAGGAACUCUGCGCUGCCGCACGACGCCGCCGACGCGGACGCAGACCGGGGCGAGGAGAAGGCUGUAGGGGCUGACGGCGAGCCAGGCGCCCUCGCCUCUUCCGCGGAACUGACGCCUUGGCGGGUGGAGAACAGGCGCCGGAGCCUCGCUGACAGGCCCGUCUCGAGUGGAGGCAGCGGCGCGUCUCUGCUGCCUCCUGUGCCCGUGUCGGCGGAGGAGCAACGGGACAUUCGUCUCUGUCUCCAGCGCGCAGGGACUCAUCUUUUGAGUCUCUUUUUUCCUCGCGACUCCCACAGUUACGUUGGCAAAACUCCGCUGCAGCCGCUGCUUCGUUCCUACCCACAGGAUAUCCUCGUAGCUCUCAAGUACAUUCUCUCCUCCCACUAUCUCCCUCUCCUCUCGUUUCCCGACAUCUACACCCUGCAGCAGCUGCAUCUGUCGCCGCAUCUCUCGCCGUCUCUCCGCCUUCUCCUCUCAGUGAUUUUCGAGGAACUGCCGCGCAUCAACAUGACGUACAAGUAUCAGCAGUAUGGCAUCCUCGGGUUCGACGAAAACCUUUGUCAUCCAGGAAAAAUCCUUUUCGACGGAGGCCCUGGGUGUCAGGCGAUCCACGCAGCCGAGUUCCGGGUCUUCUGGAUGCGCCGCCACGGCCGCCGCCUCACCCGACGGCGUGGGCUACCCGAACCCGACGGGCUGCGCGCGCUCUGCGCCCGAGGCAGCGGGGGCUCUAGAGCCCAACUAGCCACGGCUCCGACCGCGGUCGGAGGCGGGGUGGGAGGGGCGUUUGGAAGACGGAGCACAGCGGGCCCGGACCUGGCUCACCUCGCGUCUCCUUUCCUCUCCCCUCAACCGCCGCUCCCUCUGUCUUCUCCAGCGCCCUCGUGUGCGGCGAGGAACGGGGGGCGGGAGGAGAGGGAGAGAGAAGGCGAGGGGCGCUUCCGCGGUGAGGGGGCGGAUUUUCUUUUUGCCUCCUCUUCCCGAAGCUCGGAGAGUCUGGAGGACCCCGUUUGCCACUUCGUCCCCUCGCCGUCGUGUCUGUCGCCGAAAGCGCGAGAGCUCUUCGCCGCCACCCCGCAGUUUGUGGAGACGCCAGACAGAGACAGGGGUCUCAGCGGCAUGAUUGAGACAUCGCCCCGGUCAUCGUUUUCGAUUCCAGGGAGCCGCGAGAGCUUCGCGUGCGCACCUGCCACGGUGUUUGAUCUCCUGGAGCCGUCGUCCUGCGCGGGUGCCCUCGCGUCGGGUUUUUCCGCCGACGGCAGCUUCGAAGACCUGCCGGGGGCGACGCUGAGCGGGUCGUUCCGGGGGGGCGCAGCAGACACCUGGUCUGGAGCCUACGCGGCCGGCCCCGGGCCUUGCGGCGCGUCGCCUUUCUUCGAUCCGCAGCGCGCCGCGCGCCUCCACGGGGACUCCGUGCAGCCGCUGCCUCAGUGCACCUGCUGCGGCCUCUGGCGAGCAGGCGCAGAGGACGGCGAAGCGAAGACUGCCGCGCGAGGCGUGGGGGGCGAGAGGGUCGGUGCCUCCGAGAAGCGCAGGGCGCAGUCCAGCGACGACGUCGCCAUCGCUGGAGCGAGCAAGCCCCCGCAGCCGCGGCCGCCGCCGUCGAGCCCUUCGAACCAGGGCGCGCUGCCGGCCGAGAGCGCCGCUGCGGCUUCGGCGCCUGGAGCCGCGCAAGGCUCGAGUCGCGUGGAGAAGGCGCCUGCGGCGGAUCUGUUUGCGACGCCUGCGCCGUUUCGCUGGAUGAAGAAGGCCCUGGGCGCGAUGCGGGGCCGACCCCGGGUGGCGCAGAAGAAGGCGAAAGUUGUGCGGAACCUGGACUUCUACUUUGGUCAGAAAGACCAGUCCUCCGCGGAGGAGAAAAAACAGCGAGACGAGGAGGAGCCCAACGUUUCCGCCGGCUCGGCCGCCGCGCCAGUCGCCGACCCCGGUCGCGAGAAGAAAGCAGCAGCUGGUCGGACAGAAGGGAAGCGCGCAGGUGAGAUCCAGGUCGAGGAGCUCGGAGCGCCUGACAUACCCAGCAGCGCGGUGAAGUCGAAGAAGCCGGAAGGCGGCGCCGUUUUCAAUGGCGGCCUCGAAGACGCCGACGCGGCAGUCUCUGUCUCGUCGUCUUCUUUGGUCUCCAGUCCGAGCGGGCGCAGACGCGACUCCUUCUCGUCCCACGACGAGACUGCGCAGCUGCUGCAGCCCCUGGGCCUGCCGACAGUUGGCCUGGGCGCAGGCGACGAGCCCGACUCGGCUGUCUCCUCUCCGGCCUUCUCUGUCGCGGAGUCGAACGAAGAGGUUUUCUCGGAGAACGAGCGCAGGCCGCUCACGCUCCCGACCGCCGCGUCCACGCAUGCCGCAGCGGGGGUGCACGCGAGGCGCCACGACGCGGGUGCCGGAAGGGGCUCCAGAGAACGAGGCGACGGACACAGCGGAGACGAGAAGCAGGAAGGCGACGACCUCGGGGGGGCGUUGAGGAGGCGGAGCCUUGUCGCGGGAGUCGAUGGCGGGCGCGGAGGCUCCGCGUUCUUUCCCGGGACGAGGCUUCCAGGCCCGUACUGCGCCGCGUAUGGCGGUGCGUAUUCAUCUUCCCUGCCUCAAGAUCGCUUCGUUGUGAGUUGGGAUGACGACGACUGGCUGCGGUCGAUAGAGUGCUUCCUCGACGACCUCUCGUUCUGCCCCAGUGCGCGCCUCUACGCGCCGGCCGCCGAGGCCCUCGCGGUCGCGCCUCCAGAGCGUGCGCCCUGCGCGGCAGCGCCGCCGCCGCCGCUUUCCGCUCUCGGGGCUUCGGCCGCGAAGCAUGCGCCGACCUGUCUCCUCUCCUCCCUCCCUGCGGCGUCGGCGAGUCUCGCAGCCUGCUCCGCGCCGCCUCCACGCGUGCUCUCUCCACCGCUGCUGCCGCCCUUCGCGGCGACCCCGUCUGUCUUUCUCUCGAGUCUCUCGGCGCCGCUGGUGCCGGCGCAGCCCGCGCCGCCACCGGCGGCCAGGCCACAGCCGCACGCGGGGUCGGAGUUCUGUACGUGUCGCGAGGUGAUUGUUGUGGACGUCCAGAGCGACGCACAGCUGCGGAAACGGAUCUGGGACGUGCAGACGCUCUUUGCCUCUUCUUCGGCGGGGCUGUCGACUCACCGCAAGAUCGAGCUGCUGCGGCGCAUGGUCCUGAGGAACAUCAAGUUCGCCUCGACGGGCUACGGCGAGCAGAAAGACGAAGUGAAGCGCCUCGCCACCGAGCAUGACGGCUUUGUCUACCUCGGCGACAUCAAGUACGGCUUCCCGCGGCACAUGGCGCUCCUCUUCAAGGUCCUCUGCGACGCCGCGCAGAUCCCCUGUCGAGUCAUGCGGCCGUCGCUGCACCACUUCGCCUGCGAGGAAAGCGACGCGGAGAUCCCCCGUGCGCGCAGAGAGAGAGGCGCCCGAGGAGGAAAACCGAGCCGAGACGACGCCCGCGCACCCGCCUCGGCUGCAGGCGCAGGUCCAGGCGUGAGCGAGGUGAAGCAGGAGCGCGCCGACAAAGAUCUGGCGGGCGACCUAAACGAGGCGACGCAGGCCCAGAAGCAGAACGGAGGCGCGGAUGACGACACACCGCUCAGUCGGCUGAGACACGCGUCCUCCGCCGGCGACUCCGACGCGGCGUUGGCCUGGUCGCGCGAGCCUGAAAAGAAGCCGGAGACGCGCGGCGGGGCGAAGUCGCUGGGCGCUGCGGGCGCGCUGAAGCGCCGCGAAGAGGAAGCCGCGGACGAGUUCGUCUACAACGUGGUGCUUGCGAAGGACACGAAUUCCUCGGAACUCGAGCAGCUGAUUCCAGUCGUCUGGACAACGACGCCCUCGCUCUCGCUGUGGCGCCGCUACAUGAAUCUCCAGGGGGUCGGCGCGGGCCUCAAGGCGGGCGGGAGCGAGUUGCGCCGCGCGAGCAGCUCUGCGUUCUUCUCCUUCAUUAGCGAAGAGCGCGAGCAGCGGAAGCGCCGAAACGCCUCCUCGCUGCAUCCCGACUUCCUCUCCACGGGCUUCCUCAGGCUCAACCCGCCGACCUUCGCCUCCGUGCCCAUCCCUCGGCGCCUCCGCGCCCUCCAGCGCCGCCUCGCGGCCGCCGCGCCCUUCUGCGUGCGCCCGUCCGCCGCCGGAGGGGGGCGGCAGGGCUUCAACUACUUCAGCCACGGAUGGGUCGAUCGGCGGCAUCCCGAGGAAGCAGCUGCGCACUGCUGCUGCUGCGCGGCGCGCUCGGUGCCUCUCCCCCCGGCCCUUGAGGCGGAGGGCGAGCGCUUGAAGACCUGCGGCGCGCGCGACUCGCAGCGUGCGGCGCCAGGUGGCGCAAAAACCGUCCCGCGGCCGCAGGCUGUCGAGGCGCCCGACAACGCAACGCACGCCGAGGCAGAAGGACGCAUGGUGCGUCGCGGCGAAGGAGAGCCAGAAAGCGGCGCUUGGUGGUGUACUUUGUCCGUCACCGAGACGCCGCAGCAGCACCGCCAACACGCCGAACUGGACCGCCUUCUUCUCGCCGCUAGCGGGGCCUCCGCGUGCCUGGCGUCGCCGUCGCCGAGUUCAUCCGCGCCGGCUGCGGCGACGGAGCUUGACUUGGACGCGUAUUUCGAGUUCCGCGAGAAGCUGGGAAAGGGCAGCUUCGGCGAAGUCUGGCGCGUGCGCCUGAAGCACCCCUUCGCGGGCUUGGCGCGGGGCGAGCGCGCAGGCGACGCCGAGGGCGGAGACGAGGCCGGGCGGCGGCGGCGGCGCGAGAAGAAGAAGAGCAAACGCGAGACCGGCAUGGAGCCUCCAGCAGAGGACAACGCGCCGCUGAACUCCGCAGCAGCGGACGCGGAUCUGGAGCUGCUCGCGGGGCGCGACGCCGAGAGAGAGAGAGAGGCAAACGAGGAGAGGAAGCCGGGGGGAGAGGAACAGCCGUCUGAGGCGGAGACAGAAGAGAAAGGAAACGGAAAACACGAACGCGACCCAGCCUCGCCGCAUGCGCUCCGCGGAAAGGAGCUUGGUCCGCCCGAAUACGCGCUCAAGCUCGUUCCCAAAAGUGAAGAGAAUCUCCCGGAGGCCGAGAUCAUGCGCAACUACUCGCAUCCGCGCGUCGUGCCGUUCCUCGGCGUCUUCGAGGGCUUCCAGAUGCUAGAAGACCGCAGCAAGAAGAAAGUGAAAACCUCGUCUCUCUGCUUCCUCAUGGACAUCGCCGACCAGUCCCUCGAGAGUCUCUUGGAAGAGCAUGAGCGCGCCAACACGUGCAUCGACGAAGAAUUCAUCCUGACGAUUCUCCUCGACACCGCGCGAGGCAUGAACUACCUGCACUCCCCCAGCGCGACCAAGCCGCACCUGUUGCACCGAGACCUGAAGCCCGCAAACAUCCUGCUCAAGGACGGUCGCGCGAUGGUGACGGAUUUCGGCGUGGCGAGAGUCGCCGAAGUUUCUUUUGAGCACGAGAUGACGCAGGGUCCUGGCACAGAGGGCUACAUCGCGCCGGAACAGCGAACGGCGGCCUACGACCGCCCAGCGGAUGUCUGGGCCUUCGGCGUCGUCUGCGCGCGGCUGCUGGGGCUGCGCGAAUGGCGCAAGUUGAGCGAGCCGCAUCACCGCGUCGCUCUCGCAGACUUCGCCCUCAAAGACGCCUUCCUCAUUAACCUCUGCCUCGCCUGCCUUGAGCGCCGCCCGCUCAUGCGUCCCAGUUUCCAGCAGAUCGUCAACCGGCUCAUCGGGAAAAUCUUCCGCGUGGAGUUUGAGCGCAUUCUGCGCACGCCUUACCGCUACUGCUUGCCGCUUUUGCAUCUCGACCAUCCCUGCGUCUCGUCCCUCCCUUCCCCCGCGCCCCUGUCUGCGCGCCGCGCGCUGGAGGUGCCUGCGGUCAGGGCACCCCUCGCCCUGCUGGAGCGCGCAGGCGUCGCCGAGAGCCGCAACCUCGCCUGUGCGGCGGAGACCGCGCCGCCGGCGGCGCGCGCGCCGCAGCCUCGGGGAGCGGAGCCCUGCAAGGCGGCGCUGGAAGACAAGAGCGCACCGAGUUCGCCCUUCCUGUCACCCUCCGCGGGCGCCGAACUGUCUCCGGCGGAGGAGGCGCUCCCCCGGCUCCCCAUGAGCGCCCCGGUCCCGCCGCCCCCGUUCGCCGUCGCGGGCGAGGGCGGGAUGACCGAGUUGAAGAGGCGCAGAGCGGAGGAGGCGCCGGUCUCGCAGCAGCCAGCGAAAAAGAAAAGGGGAGACGACUCGCGAGACGCGCGGCGAUCGCCGCAGAUCCGCACAGACGACGACGCUUCUUACUUCUCAGGGAGAGACGAGGUCGACGAGUCUGCGGCGUCCGCCGCCACCCGAGGCGCAGGGGGUGCCGCGAAGGACGGAGUGCAGGCGAAGCGAGACGGAACCCUAGGCGUCGAUGUCCUGCCGGCGGAAAGUGCACCUGCGAACGAUGGAGACGAGGAGGACGCGGAUUUCUUGGCGCGGCUGAACCUCGGUAACGCGAAGAAAAGCCGACGCGCGCUGCUGCUCUGCUCAUCGGGGGACUCCUCGCCCGUUGAGCGUCGCGACGUCGUCGAGGCGUUCGCGGUGGGAGAGAGAAACACGGAGUCUGCUGAGGGUGGGACCCGCCGCGAAGCGUCCUGGGAGCAGUCGUCCAGCGGGGAGUGCGGGGAAGGCGCAGCGGGCUCGAGGCUGACGCCCAACGGAGAGGCCGUUGCAGGCACACCUCCCCGCAGAGACGCGGACGGCUCCCACUCGGCGGAGACUUCGCAGUCUCUCGGGAAGAAGAGUCCGCGGAGUGGACCUGAAAGUCUUGAGGCAGGGGCGGCGGGGGCGGCGACUCAGGGGAAAAAGUCCGCCCAGAGCCCCGCGUCGAAGAAGAAGCUGAAGAGAGUGGCGACGCUGUCGCCGUCUUUCGCGAAGACGCCCAGGAAACCCGUUGCCUCGUCGUCUUUUUCAUCUUCUUCGUCCUCCUCUUCUUCCUCUUCUGCUUCCCCCUCUUCUUCUUCGUGCUCAUCGCCGUCGUCGCGGUCGCGGUCGCGGUCGCCGGUCUCCUCGUCGGCGCGCAGCAGACGCGGCGCCGGCGACGCGGGCGGCAAGCUCCUCGGCGAAAAGGCAGACAAGGGUGAGAGAGGGCGUGCAGACAGAUCGCGGGAGGAGGGGGCGCCGAAGAGCGGCAAAGGCGAAAGGCGAAGUGAGGAAGCGAAGCGGAAGGCGUCGCGGUCUCCGUCGCGCGAGAGAGGCAACGGGCGCGCGCGCAGCAGAAGCGCAGGACGAAGCAUGAGUUGCGGGCGAAGCCAGGGGCGGGAGCGCGAAGAAAAGACAGGAGAGGGUGGAGACAUGUCUGAGGAGAAGGGUAGACACCGAAGUGCUCCUUCCGAUCCUCGCAAGUCGCCGCCUUCGAACCCGCGCGAUUCGGCACAGCCGUCCCAAGUAGCUUCCUCGCCUCUCUCGCGAUUUGAAAAAGCGGGCGUCCACGGCGCCGAGGGUUUUCUGCGCCAGGCCUUUCCGCGCUCCGGGCGGACGCCUCUUCGCCCGUCUCCCCACGCUUCUUCAUCUUCGUCUUCGUCGUCCUCCUCGUCACCUUCAGCGCCCUCCGCUCCCGCGUCUUCAGCCCCCGUAGAUCCGCGCUUGGGGCGGGCGUCUGCGCAGAAGAGAGACGCGAAUCACGUGGCGCCGGCGAAGCCCGCGUCGGUCUCGCCCUCGGCGGGACCAUCGUCUCCCGCUCAGCUCCUCCCCGCCCGUUCUCCCGUAGGCCCCGCAGCCGCGCCGGCCUCUGCGCAGCCCCCCCCGCAGGCGUGCGCUGUUUCCGGCGGAUUCGCUUCCGCCCACCCUCGUGCCUCGCCGCAUGCGCCCGUUCCCCCCGCGAGUGGCGCCGCCGGCGGGGCGUUUGGAGGCUUUGUCCCUGCGCGGGGGGAGUUUGCGGAGCCGGUCCAGCCCCCGUUUUUUGACCCGUUCGCGGUGCAGCGACGGGAGGGCGAGCGGCGCUUCCCCGCGGGCGCCAGCCUGCCGCACGGAUACCCGACGGGCUUCCAGCCGGCGCCCUACGCGCCGCCCUACGCAGUCCCCGGGGCCUUUCAUCCGCCCCCCGGUGCGAGCUUCCCGCCGCCCUACGCCUUCCCUGCCCCCGCAGCGCCUCCGACCGCCUGGGGCUCUGAGACCCGCGCCCUCGACGAUCGACGCGGCGACAACAGACACUUCGGCUUCCAACCCGGCGGCGCGCCGCACAGGCCCCACGCGCCCGUUCCCUCCUUCUACCAACCCUACCCUCGACAGUAG